AACCCUACAUUUUUGAGCGCCUGCCCCGCCUCUCUCCACCUCCCUCCUUUUGGACUUUGCAGUCGAUAAACCCUUUUCUUGCUCUUUCUCUGUAACCAUUGCCAUAUAGCUUUGCUCUGUGUAGCCAUCAAUGACCACGCCUCCAGCACCAUCUGGCGUAAGCCCAAAAACAAUAGAGAGAGCUAUCGGAGCUCUUCUGAAAUGGCGAGCUGCCAAAUCCGAGACCCAAAAACCUCAAUUGCUAGAAAGUGACGAAUUCGUUUACCUAAUUUUAACCCUUAAAAAAAUCCCACAAAAAGGAGUUAGCCGUGUAAACCCCUACAAGGUCUCCCUCCCUAACCCUUUAAUCAACCCUCAAAACGACAACUCUGAGCUCUGCUUAAUCAUCGAUGACAGACCCAAAUCUGGCCUUACCAAAGACGCAGCUCAGAAGAAAAUCCAAAACGACAACAUACCAAUCUCCAAAAUUAUCAAGCUAUCUAAGCUUAAGACUGAUUACCGUCCUUUUGAGGCGAAAAGGAAAUUAUGCGAUUCCUAUGAUAUGUUUUUCGCUGACAGAAGGGUCAUUCCUCUAUUGCCUAAGAUGUUAGGGAAGCAGUUCUUCAAGAAGAAGAAGAUUCCGGUAGCUGUGGAUUUGAAGCAUAAGAACUGGAAAGAGCAGAUUGAUAAGGCAUGUGGUUCAGGUUUGUUGUUUUUGAGUACUGGUACUUGUAGUGUGGUUAAAGUAGGUAGGGUUUCAAUGGGUAAAGAAGAGAUGGUGAAUAAUGUUGUGGCUGCUAUUAAUGAAAUUGCAGAGAUUGUGCCUAGAAAAUGGGGUGGUAUUAGGUCUUUGCAUUUGAAAUUGCUUGAGAGCUUAGCUUUGCCUCUUUAUGAGGCACUUCCUGAUUUUAAGCUGAAGAUUGAAGGGGUUAGAGAGGAGAAGAAAGAGGAAGAGACUGAGAAAGAGACAGUUAAGGAGGAGAAAGUGGGGAAGAAGAAGGGGAGGAUACAUGAAAUUAGGUAUCUGGAUGAUAUUGUCAAUGAUGAUGAAAUUGAAUUGAAGAGUGACGAUAGUGAUGAAGAUAUUGCUAGUGAUAAUGAGGAUAAUGAAGGUGAAAAGGGUAUUGGUGAAUUAGAUGUUAAGAAGAGAAAGAAGGGGGACAAAGGGAAAGUUGAGAAGAGAGCUAAGGCAAAGAAAGAAGAUGGUGUCAAGGAAAGGAAAAAAGUGAAGAAAAUAAAGAAUGAGGAUAGUGUAACACCAAAGAAGGGCAAGAAAGAUCAGUUGCCAUUGAAAAAAAUGAAGGCAAAAUUGAAGUGAAGGACAAGAAGGCAUAAGAAGAAUUAGAACAAAAGGUUGGUUACAUAAUUAUCACCUUUAGAGGAAUUUUUAGGCUGGUUGGACUUGAAGAAAAGGUACUACGAUCAUCUUUUUGUCCAUAGCAGAUUUUGGUCUGAGGUUUGACUUUUGUGGGCUUUUUAUAUUUUAGUACUGUUUGUGAAAUUUUUAGAACCUAAUUUUACCAUUUUUCUGCAAUCCUCUCUCUUGCUUCUCAUUUUCUUCUUAUAAAUUUUAUAAUUUUACUUUCCUAAUGUAGGUCGAUUUUCUUAUCUGUUUCAUAUGACUGGUGAAGGAAAAUUUUCCUGCGUUGGUUUUUCCU